UUCCUGAAGGGGAGGGUGGAUGCACGCGCGCGGCCCCGCGCUGCAAUUUCCACCGGGGAGGGAGAGUGGCUGGAUGCGGAGAGUUUGGAGUUGCUUGUGGCGGAGGGCAGGAAGGGUAGCAGGGCCGGGAAGGGGGCUGGCGGGCACUAUAUCUGGGAGUAAGUUUCCAGGAUCGGGAGAGCCUGCACGCUUGCUCGCUACUCUGCUUGCCCCUCAUCUCACCCCCCAAGCGGAGACUGGUCUUGUCGGAUUGCCCAUGCACUUGUUGCAGAAACAGCCAAGGCCCGGGCUCCAGAGGAUGCUGAAGGAGGAAGACACGAAGGCAGGACAGCCCUGAAAGAUUAAGCCUCUUAAUCCUGAAACAGAUCCAGGUCUCCUUUUCCCACCUGCCCAGCAGCAUGAGAGCAGCAUGACCGGCCGGCCACAGGAGAAGCCCCCAGAGCCAGGCCCCCAACUCAACCAUCCGCUGCGGAGGUCAAGGUGUGAGUGGCAUCUCUUCACCACGGUGGUGUUCGGUCCGCACCUCAGCCCGGGUGGGGCUGGAAAAUCGCCCGCUCUGCGCAUGAGUGGUACAGGCCAACAGGGACGCUUGGCUCCAGCCACGUUCACAGACAUGUCAGCCGUGGAAUAGUGUGGACGCCUUCCCUCACCUUCUCAGGGUUUCAGUCCUUUUGGGUUUGUUUCACUGACCUUUUUUUAUGAUUUUGUGGCUGGACAUUCACGACCGAGGCCGGCACCAUGGGGGAUCAGCAGCUGUACAAGACCAACCACGUGGCCCACAGUGGUGAGAACCUUUUCUACCAACAGCCACCACUUGGCGUCCAUGGUGGGCUGAACCACAAUUAUGGGAAUACAGUCACAGGGGCUGGAAUGGAUGCCCCUCAGGCCUCACCUAUUUCCCCUCACUUCCCUCAAGAUACUCGGGAUGGCCUAGGCUUGCCUGUUGGCUCCAAAAGCCUUGGCCAAGUGGAUACCUCGAGGCAGGGAGGGUGGGGUGGUCACACAGGACCUGGAAACCACGUCCAGCUACGUGGAAAUCUGACCAACUCAAACAUGAUGUGGGGGGCACCCGCCCAGGCUGAACCCGCCGAUGGCUACCAGUACACCUACUCCCAGGCCAGCGAGAUCCGGACCCAGAAGCUUACCAGCGGUGUCCUGCACAAGCUAGACUCUUUCACCCAGGUGUUUGCCAACCAGAACCUGCGCAUUCAGGUCAACAACAUGGCCCAGGUGCUGCACACCCAGUCGGCAGUGAUGGAUGGAGCCCCUGACAGUGCCCUCCGCCAGCUGCUGUCCCAGAAACCCAUGGAGCCCCCAGCACCAUCUGUCCCUGCCCGCUACCAGCAGGUGCCCCAGCAGCCUCACCCUGGUUUCACUGGUGGGCUGUCCAAACCAGCUCUUCAGGUUGGGCAGCACCCUAGCCAAGGGCACCUGUAUUAUGACUACCAGCAGCCACUGGCUCAGAUGCCAGUGCAGGGAGGACAGCCACUGCAGGGCCCACAGAUGCUGUCGCAGCACAUGCAACAGAUGCAGCAGCACCAGUAUUACUCACCGCAGCAGCAGCAACAGCAAGGUGGGCAGCAGCGUAUGCCCACCCAAGAAAUGCAGCCGCAGCUGCAGAUUCGCCCGCCACAGCUUCAGCAACAGCAGCAGCAGCUGCAGCAGCGGCAGGGUUCAAUGCAGAUACCUCAGUAUUACCAGUCCCCACCCAUGAUGCAGCACUUGCAAGAGCAGCAGCAGCAACAGAUGCACCUGCAGCCCCCUUCUUACCACAGGGACCCCCACCAGUAUACCCCGGAGCAGGCGCACGCUGUGCAGCUGAUUCAGCUGGGCUCCAUGCCCCAGUACUACUACCAGGAGCCUCAGCAGCCCUACAGCCACCCCCUCUACCAGCAGAGCCACCUGUCCCAGCACCAGCAGCGUGAGGACAGUCAGCCCAAGACAUAUUCAAGCGACAGACCGGUCCAGGCCAUGCAGAGCUCCCAUGGGGACCUGGGGCCUUCCGAUACAGGAAUGGGAGACCCAGCAAGCUUGGACCUGAACCGGGUCAGCAGUGCCCUUCCCCAUCGGCCGCUCAUGUCCCCCAGUGGGAUCCACCUCAACAACGUGGGGCCUCAGCACCAGCAGCUGUCUCCUAGUGCCAUGUGGCCCCAGAUGCACCUACCUGAUGGCAGAGCCCAGCCAGGGUCUCCUGAGUCAAGCGGCCAACCAAAAGGUGUGUUUGGAGAGCAGAUUGAUGCCAAGAACAAGCUGACAUGCUCCAUCUGCCUAAAGGAGUUCAAGAGCUUGCCCGCCCUGAAUGGCCACAUGCGGUCCCAUGGGGGAAUGAGGGCCUCCCCCAGCCUCAAACAGGAGGAAGGAGAGAAGGCCCCACCACCGCAGCCCCAGCCACUGCCGCCUCCACUGCCACCGCAGCUCCCUCCUGAGGCAGAAAGCCUCACGCCUAUGGUCAUGCCCGUGUCUGUCCCUGUCAAGCUUCUCGUGCCCAAGCCCAGCUCUAAGAGCUUCGCCAACAGCGUCGUUGCCGCCCCCUCUGCCAGAGACAAGCCAGCCAGCUCGAUGUCGGACGACGAGAUGCCCGUACUCGUGAGGAUGACCCUCUCUCCCCCACACUCACCCCAAGGGGCUGUCCCCUGCACGCCUGCUGAAAUUCCCCGGAAGCACCAGCCUGGCGUGGCCAAAGCUGAGGAGUCGCUCAAGCCCGCACCGGAGAAGGAGAAGAAGAAGUUCCGGCACCGACCGGAGCCGCUCUUCAUCCCGCCCCCGCCCUCCUACAACCCCAACCCCGCCUCCUCCUACUCGGGCGCCACCCUGUACCAGAGCCAGCUGCGCUCCCCGCGAGUCUUGGGGGACCACCUGCUCCUAGACCCCGCCCACGAGCUGCCCGCCUACACGCCCCCGCCCAUGCUGAGCCCGGUGCGCCAGGGUUCCGGGCUCUUCAGCAAUGUCCUCCUCGCGGGGCAAGGUCCCGGCGCGCACCCCCAGCUGCCCCUCACGCCCCUGACGCCCACGCCGCGCGUGCUGCUGUGUCGCUCCAACAGCAUCGAUGGCAGCAAUGUGACUGUCACCCCCGGGCCUGGAGAGCAGACCAUUGAUGUUGAACCGCGCAUCAACAUCGGCCUGAGAUUCCAAGCAGAGAUCCCAGAGCUCCAGGAUGUCUCUGCCGUGGCCCAGGACACACACAAGGCCACACUAGUCUGGAAGCCCUGGCCAGAGUUGGAAAACCAUGACCUACAACAAAGAGUGGAGCAUCUCCUGAAUUUGUGCUGUUCAAGUGCAUUGCCCGGUGGAGGGACCAAUUCUGAAUUUGCUUUGCACUGUCUCUUCGAGGCCAAAGGUGAUGUGAUGGCUGCUCUGGAAAUGUUGCUGCUGCGGAAGCCAGUCAGGUUAAAAUGUCAUCCUUUAGCAAAUUACCACUAUGCCGGCUCGGACAAGUGGACCUCCCUGGAAAGAAAACUGUUUAAUAAAGCACUAGCCACUUACAGCAAAGACUUUAUUUUUGUACAGAAGAUGGUGAAGUCUAAGACAGUGGCUCAGUGUGUGGAGUACUACUACACGUGGAAGAAAAUCAUGCGGUUAGGACGGAAGCACCGGACACGCCUCACGGAGCUCAUCGACGACAGCGUGACGAGUGAAGAAGAAGACGAGUUGGAGGAAGAGGAGGAGGACCAGGAAGAAGAUAGGAAAUCCACACGAGAAGAAGAGAGUGAAGUGCCCAAGUCCCCAGAGCCACAGCCGGGCCCGGUCCUGGCUCCCGCAGAGGGACCGCCCCUGCAGGCCCUCAGCCAGCCCUCAGGCUCCUUCAUCUGUGAGAUGCCCAACUGUGGGGCUGACUGUAGAUGUCAUGUCACUCCCUUUCUUCCCCAGGUGUUCAGCUCCCGACAGGCCCUGAACGGCCAUGCCCGCAUCCAUGGUGGCACCAAUCAGGUGACCAAAGCUCGGGGCACUGUACCCUCUGGGAAGCAGAAGCCUGGCAGCGCCCAGAGCGGGUACUGCUCGGUGAAGAGCUCGCCUUCCCACAGCACCACCAGCGGCGAGACAGACCCCACCACCGUCUUCCCCUGCAAGGAGUGUGGCAAAGUCUUCUUCAAGAUCAAAAGCCGGAAUGCACACAUGAAAACUCACAGGCAGCAGGAGGAGCAGCAGAGGCAAAAGGCUCAGAAGGCGGCCUUUGCGGCAGAAAUGGCGGCCACGAUCGAGAGGACUACGGGGCCGGCGGGGGCCCCGGGGCUGCUGCCCCUGGACCAGCUGAGCCUGAUCAAACCCAUCAAGGACGUGGACAUCCUCGAUGACGACGUCGUCCAGCAGUUGGGAGGCGUCAUGGAAGAGGCCGAGGUCGUGGACACCGACCUCCUCUUGGAUGACCAAGAUUCGGUUCUGCUUCAGGGGGACACGGAGCUGUAAAGGCCUGCCUGUCCCUCGGAGACAGGGCGAACUCUCGGCCCGCGUCUCACGGACGGGGAGGCCUGGACUGCCUGCUUGUUUCGUAACCAUUUUAAACUACCUGUUUAAAAAGUGGUUGUUUUAUUCAGGUUGAGAAGAAAAAAAUCCAGUUUCUUUUUUCUUUUAUUUAAAAGAAGUUUGUUUUUCUGUGGGAGGUUAGGGGGAAUAAAUAAUUGGCACAACUCUAUGUAAGAGAUGUUUCCUCUGGGCUGCGUUCCCGCGAGCUCCUUCCCGGCGGGAGCGAGCCUGGCGCUCGUGCUCGUUCGCUGUCCCACGCCAGCCGUCCCGACCGCCUCCUGCCCCGAGGCUUGCGGCGGGUGUGCGGGCGCGUGUGGCUGUGUGAAGCAGGCUGCCCGCUUCUUGCGAGGGCCUUGGGCCAUCCUUGCCCACCGAGAGUUGUUUGUCGCGUUGUUCUGUUCUGACCUCAUUCUGUGCUGUGCCAUGACCCUGGCGACCCUGCCAGGAGGCUGCGCUAGCGGGCCGCCCUCCAGAGAGCUGAGUUAGCCCUCAUGUGCCGCGCUUUCCUCUGCACACACGUCAUGUGAAGAGUGGGCCAGAUGGGAGAAUGCGUUUUCCCCCUGCCUCGCCUGUCACUUGGCCUGUCCCAGGAACUGAGUGCUGUGUAAUUUCAGGCGUGCGCUCCCUGGCCGUGACUCGAGAAGACCCGCUUUGUAGGGCAAGUGCAGUGUCCUCUUCCCUGCUGCCUGGGGCAGGUUGGCACGUCGCAGGGUGGCAGAGCUGUGUCUCAGCGAGAGCCCACUGCAAGCCCAUCUGGAAGAAAAUAACCCCAACUGUUAAGUCGCCAGGGCUGUGUUUAGGGGGCGUGGUUGAGAGGCACAUAGUGAAGUACCUGGAAUGCCAAGAAAUGUUCUGUGCCCAAAAACUAGGUCAGAAGAGCCCGUUCUGCUCGGCAGCACUGUCCGUGGUCGGCGGGGCUCUGAAGCGACUCCGUGCCAUUCGGGAGUACUGUGACACUUCGCUUGCUGGGAUUUUGCUGUAAUUCGUCUAUGCUAGACUGAAGUUUACCUUGUUAACUAUGAAGAGAAGGGGUGUCUGAGAAAUUUGAUAGCAAACACAGGAAAUAGCAUUAAAGGCCAACAAAAAAUGGUUUCAUGUACCACUUUAGCGACAAUGUUUGCAUUCAAACAAUGAAUGUAUUCAUUAACGUCAUUUACCAAAGCACUUCUAGAAUCCUCCAAGCUACAGAACUCUGCCUCCUCCUGUCCCUGUCAUUAGGGUUGCUGUUUGUACUUGAAGGUAAUAACCUGUAAUUCCUCAAAAAUGUCACUCGUCUCAGGCUUUUGAGUUGAGUCAGACUGACCUGUCCCACUGUUAGGGCAAACGAGUACGCACCUUCAGGGUGGGGCAAGGCCUCGGCACAGGGAGGACCACUCCGGUGGAGAGGACCCCCAGCUUUAAUGCACGGCUUCCGGAGACCAGGCCUGGCCCACCCCAGGUAGGCUGGCUCCCCAGCUCCUAGAGGUGUGCCAGCCGUGCCAGACCACUUUGUGGGCACGUAAUGGCUUGCCAUUAGAGAAGACGUCAGCAGGAAUGUGAGGACAGGGCCCGAUGUCCUUUCCAGUUUGACUCUGCAGGAGCAUUCAGCACACACUGGGGGCCCCGGCGGCCCCGCGCAGGCAGCAUUGUCUCAGUCUCAGGAAAGCUGAGGGCAGAAGAUAAAUACAAAGGUUCUCUUCAUUUAAUCGUUCUGUUUUCAGAAGAGGUCUUGGAGGUUUCCUUCAUCUUUUCUUUAGGGGGGAGAAAAGAUGUUUUAUUUGCUGCCAUUUCAGCCAGGUUAUUCUCUCAUAUGUUCUGAGCUCAGACCUGCCCUGGGCACUGUGCAUCAGCUUCGUGGCAGAACUUCCAGAACCUUCCCAGCUGUGAUACUGGCCGACGGCAUCUGUCCCAGUGACUACUUCCCUCUGCUUGCAGGUGUCUGAGGGUGAUUCUGGAAAGGUUCUGCUAUCGGGUAUAUGAAAACUUAGCUAUCAAAGGAGCCAACGCCCAUAACAAUGUUUAUAAAGCACAUGCAUUCAUUCUGUUUGGAGCCUUGCCCAGCUGUUCCAGUUUUAAACAUUAAAAAUAAACUUGAGUUGCCAAGGCAAAAAUAUAAUGCACAAUUUAAUUUCGAUUUUCCAUGCAGUAUAGUGUAAGCAUUUUUGACUUGAAAUAACCAAAGAACUCCUCCUUAAUGAGACAGUUCGAAUUCCUGAAUUAGUAUUUUUUUGCCAAUAUCGACUUAAAGAAAUGACUUCAUAGUGACACAUUGUACUUACUUUUUGUCUGAAAUGAGUCUGCCUGCAUGGGUGUGUUGUCCUAGCUUCCCCCACCCUGAAGAACUUCGCUUCCUAAAGAUCAAUCAAUGUCUUCAACACGGUUACUGUUUACUAUCAGAUGGUUUUUCAUUAGUGAAUUUAGAUCUCUUUGAGAAAGCUUGUAUAUAAAAAGUUAACAGAUAUAUUUUAUGGAAAAACCCAUCUUAUUUUCAAAUAUAUUUAACUGCUGUUAUAUUUUAUUAGAGGAAGGCUGUAAAUAUUUUCUAGGAGUUCUAUUGUAAAGAAAAGUAUUUUUGAAAAAAAUUAAUGUAAUAAAAACGAAAACAUUUUUAAAUAGUGGUUGUGAUUGCUUCCUGUUCUGGCUUUGUUAUGUUCUGUUCUCCGCAGGUGACUUGCAUGCCUUCCCAUUUCAGGAUGCAGUUUAUCCAGGUUUGCACUAUGAGUUGACAUCAUAAUAUCUAGUGUGCUUCACUGUAUUUCCCCGGAAUGCAGGUCCCUUGGUCCGUAUCAAGAGCACUAUGUAUAGCAUAUUCAUAAUUUUUCUUUUGUAAUGUGUGUAUUUUUAAUAAGGAUUUUAUGUAACAUUUUGGCAAAGAGAGGACAGUAUUUUCUAGUGAAUUUUAUAAUACAUUUUGCUAAAAAUGUUUCUUCCUAGGUCAGUUUUUGUUAAGGUGAACCAAAAGUCUUAUUUUACCAGGGGUUUAAAAAAAGUUUGAAGCUUGAAAGCAAAGUUAUAUUUAAACAUCAUAUGUAACAAAUAAAUAAAAAUGUUUUAUAGACUUGUCAAAAAAGGGUGCAUUCCUU